UAAUAGGUCAUUUAAGUGGACAACAUUCUUCCACUCAUUGGGUCACAAAUAAUCCUCAAGGUUUUUGUUGCAUCAAGAUGAGCUAUACUGUAGUUGUCUAACUUUUGUGGGAUCAGUUAUUAUAAUCUCCUUGAGAAAAUCUAUAGGCCUAACUAAAAAUGUACAGGUCUACACCUGCAAGAUGGUUGUAGAAUCAAACACCCUUUAAUCACAACUGCAAUAAGAUACACUUGAGCAAGUCACCUUAAAACCCUUUACACUCGUAGGAAUUGGCCUAAUAGGGAUAGGGCUAAAUUGAAAUGUUUCUUACAGAAGUAUAUGAAAAACAUAUGCAUAACUGUGGUAGACACUGAAAGGGAACAAUUUGGAGAUAAUGGGAAAAUUAUUAGACCAAAGGUGAGGACACAACAGUUCAUCUGACACAAGACUUAAUCCAAAUAUUACUGUUGAUUUUAUGUGCAUUUUACAUUUCCUGCAGUUUUCAACGCAUUUGUUGAGAACAAUAUCUGAAAAAUACUCUGUAUACAUUCAGUAACAUGAUAAGAAUAUUCCUGUAAAAUGUGGGGUAGUGAGAGGACUACUUCUAACUCCACGUGGCCACACAACUCUCCAAAAUGUGCACAGUUUCUAAGUAAUUUAAAUGCACUUUUAUGAUCCCAAGAAUAGUCUCCAACUGUGCCGUUGAAGAACUUUUUUUAUUUUUUAUUUAAAAACUAGGCAUGUCAGUUAAGAACAAAUUCUUAUUUUUAAUGACGGCCUAGGAACAGCGGGUUAACUGCCUGUUCAGGGGCAGAACGACAGAUUUGUACCUUGUCAGCUCGGGGGUUUGAACUUGCAACCUUGCGGUUACUAGUCCAACACUCUAACCACUAGGCUACUCUUGCCAAGCAAGCACAAUUGUAUUUGUUUUGUUUGGAACACAGACAUGUAUCCCCGACACCACACAAUUACUGUUGAGGUUUACGCAAUCCAAAAACACUUCAAAACAUUAGGAACACCUUCCUAAUAUUGGGUUGCCACCCCAUUUUGCCCUCAGAACAGAGUCAAUUUGUGGACUACAAGGUGUCGGAAAGCAUUCCACAGGGAUGCUGGCCAAUGUUGACUCCAAUUCUUCCCACAGUUGUCAGGUUGGAUGGAUGUCCUUUGGGUGGUAGACCAUCCUUGAUACACAUGGGAAACUGUUGACUGUGGAAAAACUCAGCUUCGUUGCUGUUCUUGACAUACUCAAACUGGUGCGCCUGGCACCAGUGGAGGCUGUUGAGGGAGGACAGCUCAUAAUGGCUGGAACGGAGCUCUUGGAAUGGCAUCAAACGCAUGGAAACCAUGUUUGAUGUAUUUGAUACCAUUCCACUGAUUCCGCUCCAGCCAUUACCACGAGCCCAUCCUCCCCAAUUCAGGUGCCACCGACCUCCUGUGCCUACUGACAUACCUCAUUCAAAGGCACUUAACUUUUGUUUUGCCCAUUAACCCUCUGAAUGGCACACGCACACAAUCCAUGUCUCAAUUGUCUCACAGCUUAAAAAUCCUUUAAACUAUCUCCUCCCCUUCACCUACACUGAUUAAAGUGGAUUUAACAGGUGACAUCAAUAAGGGAUCAUAAUAGCAUUCUCCUGGUCAGUCUAUGUCAAUGUUUUGUACACUCAGUGUAAAACGCAAUCUGGGUUAGGUGGGCAUCAUUUGAAAGCUUGUUCUAUUGCUAACAUGACUAGCUAAGUUAUAAAGUACACUCCUAAUGUUUAGGCUUUCACGGGGCAAUUCAGAGAAACUGAUCGUAAUUGUGUGUAUAGAAAGGAGUCGUGUGCAUUAGGUGUGUGUUCAGCGGCACGUUUUCAUCACAGUAGACAAACAGGCUCAUUCUGUUCAGAACAACCCAGAGUACAACGCCAUGUCGUCUCGUAAAUAACUAUGUACAUCAUAGUGAUCAUAAAUGUUGAUACUGUAGGCCAUGAGUUUCAUAUGGAAAUAUGUAGUGCACAUUUGGGCUCGGGUGUUUGGCUUGCUUGUGUGACAUCAUAGUGGUAUUUGUCAUCAUCCUCAACGUCUCAUCUUUAAAAAAUACAUUUAGUCCCUCACUCAGACAACAAACAAGUAGCUCAAGUUGCUUAAUUAGCGGGAGGGAUGGGGGCAACUUCGUGUUGCAUGCAGUGCUCAAGUUCAGAACUGCUGUCAGUCAAAACCCAUCCAGCGCUGUGACGUGCAGAGCCUGAGCUUUGAUGUAAUUUCUAGCAUGUUACUGUACAGCCACUGUGUUCCAAUUUAGGAGCUUAUCAGUGUCCAAAACUGCCAUGUUCAACCUGUAUAUGGGUACAAGUGUAAAUGUCUACCUGCAUAUUAUCGGUCUGUAAUAAACAACUAUUGCUGGCCUAGAAUCGAAAACACCCGACUCCGUCGAUCCAAGGGAAGUUUCAAACCUAAAUAGGCCUAUCUUUGGUUUAAUAUGAGCACAUGGAUGCAUGCGCGCGCGCUCCACUGGUCAAAAUGACCGCCUCCAAUCAAUUUGAAAUGCACCGAAACAGAAUCAAUCAGGUUGAUGGAAUUAACAUUAAAUGGAUGUUUGUUUACUUGACGGAUAGGAAUCGAGAGCAAUGAUUAACGACAUGGUGUCAUCUCCGAUUAGGAUUCCCAUUCAGAAAGGUUUGCGUUGAUGAUCACCUCAACUGAGUCCACGAGUUUAUUUCCUGAUGCUUUGACUGCAAUGAUCAAAACAAUGAGUGUAAAUACAACAACGGAAACGAAGGAAGUUCUGAUUAGGCAUGUAGAGUAGUAUUGAGUUUCGAUAUAGAUCUGCGCCAACCUAUCUCAUGAGCUAAUUGAUCAUUAUUUGUAUUUGUUUUACGCCACUCUUGUAAGCACUAUUCAAUGCACCCUGGUCAAAGUGUAAUUAUCUUCCUAUAAAACUGCAGCUAUGGCAACAUAAAAAGCACCAAAUGGAAUUUGGAGUCAUGCGUAAAAGGUGUAAACCACUCGGGACAACAUCUAGGUCAGGGGUUCCCCGGUCAGAUUUUCCCAGAGUUCCCGAAGGAUAUUGAAAUAUAAUGGCUCCCAUUGUUAAACCAUUACUCCUACCUGUACCAAUUUCACUAAGUGUAUCUCACACUAUCUACCACUCAUUGAUAGCCUAUUGCAUGCAAUAUGUUAUCAUGCAUUGGAUAAAUGUGUUGGGGGGGGGGGCACGAAAAGUUGACUAGGUUAAUUUUGACUUUACUUAUAUCCCCCUCACAUAAAAAAAACAAUCCCCUUAGUGCUCUAGAUGUUGCCAAAGACGAUUUCAUUUCAGGGGGGGGGAGCAAUUCUCAUUGAUGAUGAGUCCUCCUACUUAAACAAAGCCAUUUACAAAAAGGGCCAUUGUAAAUUCGACCAUUGAAAUCCGAUUCAGUUUUUUUCACUCUUGGAAAGCAUAGUUCUUAACCAUGACAAGGCAAGUGGAGGUACACGUUAACGGACUAUUGGACUGAGGGGCGGUUGGGUACGAGCACUCUUAGCCCCAUACCCCUAAAAUCUCGCCAAAGUGGUUUGACAAAUAUCGUUUUCUUUUUAUUUUACACGGGAUAACCCCUCAAAACGGAUUUCAGAGACUUGGAUAGAAGUGCUAGUUGGCAACGACUAUAGAAACGAGGAUCCGUUGACGAAAAAGCUUUUGGGGGAUUAAGUUAUUCCAUGAUCACUUUUUAAAAAAUGUAGAUUAAGUGAAAGGUUGACACUACUAGUCCACCAAUUUAGCAAAAAAACGUGUGACAGGUCCAACCGGACCACGGAUGGCGGUCACCGAUGGCUGAAACUCAAUAUAUUAAUCUGAAUUCACACAGCUAGAGGGUAUAUGAUGCGCUAUAAAGUAGUCUAAUUUCAGCUAAAUGGUCCAGGGUGACAAUAUGUUACAUCAAACACACCAUGUUAGUGAAACAGGACACUGAAAGCAUGCGAAACAAUUGAGACCGUCUUUGGAUUGAAUCAACAUGCAAUUGGCACAGUUCCUAUCCAUUUGCGUCCCCGCCUUGUUGCAACAGGUUGCGCGCGUGGCCUUCCACAAAUGCACUUAUAGCGCACAGUUUUGACUUUGCUCUUACUUUCUGACUCGAAUGUUACAGAUUUCGGCGCCAUGGUUGAGCACGGAGGCCUUGAUCUUAUGUGUUUAAAUAAGUCCUACAGUCACAGUUCCACUACCUCGUCCUCCAGCUCAGAGCGAGAAAAGAAAAUAUUCACCAAGUUGAAAGUCAGUUUGACUGAGGACUAUCCGCAGAAGAACGCGGAGAUCCUGAGCGGCCAGUAUGGGACUAACUUACUUUUGAUCGGCGUGUCGCUGAUGCUGGCUAUUGCGCACCAUGGCGCAUCAGUGAAGGAAGAGCACCUGUUGUCGUUUAUCACGACCCUCAUGAUCCUCCAGCUGAUAUGGAUGAUAUGGUACAUCGUGAGCAGAGACAGGCAGAGUAACUUACAGCCAGAAAAGGAUGUGCAUGCUACUACCUGUUGGAUAAGAGGUGGGUUAACUCUUCUUGCGCUCCUCUCGUUGAUCAUGGAUGCCUUCCGAAUUGGUUAUUUUGUGGGCUAUCGAUCAUGCGUGUCGGCUGUUCUAGGGGUAUACCCUAUCAUCCACGCAACUCACACAAUAGCACAGGUCCAUUUCCUUUGGUUUCACAUCAAGGACGUCAUCAAGACCUUCGAGACCUUUGAAAGAUUUGGCGUCAUCCAUGCAGUCUUCACCAACCUGCUACUGUGGUGCAACGGUGUGAUGUCUGAGGCUGAGCACUUCCUAAACAACCACAAGAGAAGGCUCUCUUCCCUGGGCUAUGUAAACCUCACCAUAGUGGAUAUGGAGCCUCACUGUAAUUGCACUACCAGCGCCUGCUCCAUGUUCUCCAACAGCCUCUAUUACCUAUACCCCUUCAACAUAGAGUACCACAUCUUUGUCUCUGCAAUGCUCUUCGUCAUGUGGAAGAACAUAGGGCGCAGCAUUAACCUCCAGUACAACCGGAAAAGGCCGGCUACCAGGACCCAGGGGCUGGUUGUCGGCCCCAUCCUGGGUCUUGUCGCCCUGGCCAGCACCAUCGGCGUGCUGGUGGUCUACAUCAUCCACGUGGAAGAGUCGAUGGACACCCGGGAGUCGGCCAUCGCAAUGUUCUACUGCUACGGCAUCGUCAUGCUGGUGUUCAUGUGCUCGGCCGGGGCCACGGGUCUGCUCAUAUACCGUGCCGACCCUAUGCCCAUGGACACCACCAAGAACCCCUCGCGGACGCUGGACACAGAGAUCCUAUUCGGAUCGUCGGUGGGCUCCUGGCUCAUGUCCUGGUGCAGCGUGGUGGCUGUGGCAGCCUCAAGCAGCAGCCCGAGCUACCGCUGGACCAACCUGAUGUACUCGCUGCUCAUUGUCCUGGAGAAGUACAUCCAGAACCUGUUCAUCAUAGAGUCCCUCUACCGCCAGCGGGAGGACGGUGAGAGGGAGGACGCUGAGGCGGCGGGGCCUGUGCCGGAGAUCUUCUCUGUGACCUCCUCCUUGGCUCCGCCCUACAACGGCAUCAUCAACCGGGCGUACGAGAACCCAGACAAGGUCUGUGUCACGCUGGAGAACGAGCAGGUGGAGAACGGACAGGUUUACGGAACAUUCAGCUCACGGAAACAUUCGGCGGUGCCCCUGCACGCCGGGAGCAACGUGGCGGAGACCCCGAGCAAGAAGAGGCAGAUUCUGAAGAACAUCGCUGUCUUCCUCUUCAUGUGCAACAUCUCACUCUGGAUCCUUCCUGCCUUCGGCUGCAGACCCCAGUAUGACAACGGCCUGGAGCAGGAGACGUUUGGCUUCACCAUAUGGACAACAGUUCUCAAUUUUGCCGUGCCCAUGAACCUCUUUUACCGCAUGCACUCUGUGGCCUCCCUCUUCGAAGUCUUCCGAAGGGUGUGACAAGACGAAGAGGGACCGACGAGAUGACGCAACAUGCACAAGAACACUUGUCACCAAGGGCUCCAUAGAGGAAAUUAAUAGCAACACAGGUCAACCUUUCAGGAGGAGCUCUUGUCAUGUACUUUAGACUUCUAAAUAAGCAUUGAAACAUGUCAGUGUAGGGGGAUUAUACUAGAUGAGAUGUCCCUUGUAGCGAUGCAUCUUCGGAAACAUUUUGUAGCACCAGAUAUAAACAACAAAUUACAUUGAUAUCAGACCCUGGAUUCAAAUAGUAUUCGGAAUCUUUCAAAUACUUUAGCUGUGCUUGAUUGAGCUGGCCUGGCACAAUGUAACCAAUGGAAUAGCCCCAAAUGUGCAAGAACUGAUCCCCCGCCCCGGGAGGCUCACCCAAAACGCCAAAGUCUUUGAAAGAUUUCAAAUAGUAUUUGCUUUGUUGUGUGUUGCUGCACUGAAAAGUGAAAUUGACAUUUGAAUUUAGGUCUCUGUUAUAACAAGUGUUUGGGUUUGUCUUUUGAUGUUCAUCAAUUUUUUGUUGAAUGCGUUAUUAAAACGCGUAUGUAAUAGUUUAGCGUCGAGUUGUCUCUCAGACCUAGUACAGAUGUAAGCCAGGCUAUGUAUGAAUGCAUCAUGAGAGUGGGAGCAUGAUAAGUGAUGAUACACGAUGAAAGUAGAUGGUGCAGUGAAACAACUUAUAUCGAAAAGCCAUGCCACAUUCAUUUUUCAAAUCCUGUAUCAUGGUGAGACUAGUGGGCCUCAUCCCCGGUUGUGCUGGUAUCACACACACCACUGUGUUUGCAGCAGUACUCCAACAUCACAGAGAAGCCAAAGAAGCUCUCUCUGUCUCGAUUAUUCAACGUCACAUAAAAACUGUACUAUGGAUUGUAAAGAUGAGGUGCAACUGUAAAAGCCUUAUAAAGGUUUUUUUUUUUUGUGUGUCUUGCCAUUUUUAUGUAUAUUUCAAAUGCACAGUGUCAUGGAGGAUGUUCUCAGUGGUCGGAAAAAUACACAGGAAACUCAAUACUUCUGUGUCAAACACUUGAACUACUUGGCUGGCCACAUUCUAGAGUCCUACAUGUACUGUAGUAUAGGGCAGCGCUAGACUUUGAUUGCUCUUCGGUGUAAUAUUGGAUUGUAGUUCUCAGAAUCUCCAACAGAUGAACACUGGACUGUAGUUCUCACAAUCUUUCGCAAACGUCUCAUUGUAUUGACUGUUCUCAAUCAUGACUUGUUGACAUCAUUCUGUGUAUAUUUGAUGACAAUCACAUUCAGUUGAAUGCUGUACAGUGUUGACUGAUCUUUAAUGCUAGUAGCUCUGCUUUUCUUUUAGUUAUAUUUUUUCUUCUUCUAAUGAACCUGAAAUGUGGUUUCCUUAAAUAUAUUUAACAUUUCAAUAAUUGUUAUGGAACUCAAUUUCACUAAGAAACCGCCUGGGAGUAUGUGAAGCGUGCUCCAAUCCACACUGAUGUAUUCCCUGCACCCAUAUUAAGCCUAGUUCUGGACUAAAACAAAUGCUCAAUGGAGAAUCUCCAUUGAAAGUGUCCGUAAACUGGCCACCGUGCCCCAUUUGCUCUGCCAAUCCAUAAUGUUGGUGAAGAGACUAAGUAUGCACUCUGCAUUUUAAAGGGACAAUCUGCAGUUCAAACAACACCAAAGUGUCCCACCCUGCCACUGUUUUGGUAAACAGCAGAAGAAUAGGGCGGUUAUUAUGUUAUUGAAAAGGGAAACAAUACAAUAUUUGCACAGAUCAGUAUAUACUGUAUUGACUGACAUGCAUUUUCCAAAAAGCAAAUAUGUUUUUUAAACUGAAACAACUCUGAAACUGAACCAAAUAUCUUGAUUGAUGUAGUUUUGAAAAGUAAGUGUUGACAAUAAUCUUAACCUGUGAUGUUGAUCGAUUCUGUGAUGAAUUAGUGAAAUGUAGUGCAACUGUAUGGUUCAUUUUUGGACAACAUAUUUAGGCUGUAGGGACUAUCAGAAAACUGUGAGUUCUACAUGGGUGCUAACUACUGUACUUGUUUUCAGUUGUACGUGCCAAUCUGUGGUCAAUGCUUAUUGGUAAACCUGCACCAAUACUAUAUCCUGUACAUAUCUGAACGUAGAUUAAAGUGAAUGUACAUAAAG